UCGCUUUCGCUUCCAAAAGCGCACUAACUUUUAGUUGCGACUUCUGCAUUUAAGUGUGAAGAGGUGAGAACUCGCUGUCUUGAAAACUUGUGAAAAAAUCUUCCAAGGUUGUAUUAUUCUAAAAAAUAACAGUGGAUCCUGAAAAGAAACAGAAUUAAAACCCAGAUUUGUUUUCCGUUUGCCAGGUGGGCGUGCGGUUCCAGUGACUUUUACGCAUGGUUCUCUGAUGUGUGCGUAAGUAAACGGUUGUUCCUGUGACAAACAGUAUGUGCUGAAGAUGGAAGAAGGGACGAAAAUGCACCUGAAAGAAUGGCUGAUAGCGCAGAUAGAAAGUGAACAAUAUGAGGGACUUUGCUGGGAAGAUGAGGACAAAACUAUGUUCAGGAUUCCCUGGAAGCACGCAGCCAAAAAGGACUACAAACAGACGGAGGAUGCAGCUCUGUUCAAGGCAUGGGCUGUUUACAAGGGCAAGUUCAGAGAGGGGAGGGAUAAAGCUGAUCCAACUAUGUGGAAAACCCGUCUCCGCUGUGCACUCAACAAAAGCACAGAUUUCCAUGAGGUCCCUGAACGCAACCAGCUGGACAUCACUGAGCCAUAUAAGGUUUAUCGUAUCCAGCCAGUCAAUGAUUCCCUGCAGACAAAGGAUCAAGUGAUCAUCCUGAACAAGAUCUCCCCAAAGACCCCCAGUUCUGUGAACACAAAGGAGCUUUAUUCAUUUCAAGUGGAGAACUGUGCAAACACAGCUGUCACAGCAAAGGAAUCAAGUAAAACAGUUGAUGAUGAUGAUGAUGAUGAUGAUGAUGAUGAUGACGACGACAAUGAUGAAGAUGAAGAUGAAGAAAAAACAAUGACAAAUGAUCUGAUGAGGGAACACAUGUAUUGUGAGUUCACUGGAAAGAAACCUCAAAAUAAGGUCAUGUCUCCUUUGAUCUGCUUCAGCUCUGCACUUCAGAUAUCAGACUUUCGUAUGCAGGUGACGUUGGUGUACCAGGGACAAAUAGUGACGAGGGUGACCACCAGGAGCCCCGAUGGCUGCUUCAUCCUCCAGGGACGUGUCCCCUUGGGAAACGCCCAGAUCUAUGGGCCCUGUGACGCCGAACAGCUGUCCUUCCCUUCGCCCGGCCUCAUGUCUUUCUCGUCAGGCAUGACUGAAGCGAUGACCCGCCUCCUGUGUCAUCUGGAGAGGGGUGUGCUAUUAUGGGUGGCUCCAGAUGGGAUGUUCAUCAAGAGGUUCUGCCAGGGCAGGGUGUACUGGAGCGGACCCAUGGCCCAACACACUGACCGCCCCAACAAACUGGAACGAGAGAAGACCUUUAAACUGCUGGAUAUUCCUACAUUUCUAAAUGAGCUCCAGAGCUAUUUACAGGGUACAAGACCUCCACCUUCAUAUACGAUUGAACUCUGCUUUGGAGAAGAAUACCCAGACCCCAACAUACCGAAAAGCAAGAAGCUAAUCAUGGCACAGGUGGUGCCUCUGUUUGCCGAGGCGCUGCUGCAGAGGUUCAACUUGGUGAAAACGGAGGAGAAAUGACUGACUUGCCCUCACAACGCAAAGGAGGUGACAACGUAGGAGAGAAAAGUACCCUCCACCGGGGUAGGCUUGAACAAUGUGCAAGUGGAUCAGUGAACCUUUAUUUGUUUGCUGUGAUCAUCCUGAAGGACAUCUUCAGAGGAGAACAAAGAAUACAGACUAUCAUCAAUGGAUAUAUAUAUAUUUAUGUAGAAACAUUAGAGGUGCUUUACUAUUGACUUGCUUGCAAUUCAAAGAAGACAAUGUAAAGUAACUGCACUAUGUUAACAUGUUCAUAUUCUUCUUGUCACUGUCUACUAUGAAGCGAUGAAAGCAAAAAAUAUUAGUUGCUGAAGAACAGCUUAACCACUUAAAUAUUAUGAUACAUUGGUGUUAAAAUACAUUUUCUGCAAUUGUGUUAAUCCCAUGAACAAUGUAUAUUUUGAAUGAUUAUUUAAGUGUGCAGUAUCUUUAAUGCGCUGGGAAUAAAUUGACACCUUAAAUUAAAUCUAUAAAGCUUUUUUCUUUUAUUUCUAGCGAACAUCAUAUUAACAGAUUCACAAUUUUAAAAAUAUACAUUUUUGUAGCUAUAACAUUUAAAAAGAAAAUCAACAGGUAAGGUUUUGUUUUUAAAAAUAAAAAAAAACAAACACAAAAAACUAAAGUGAGAGAGUGUGCUGAAUCAGAGGAGAUACCCGUAUCUGAGUUUAAAAUACUUUCAUCAAUUUCUCUGCCUUCAAACAUAUACAGUACGUAAAAAAUGAGAUGGGAACAGAAGCCUACAGUACACAGGGGUCAAGAGUAUUCACAAAGCAUCAUGUUCCAACGUGUUAUUAGCACCAUUACUCUUAAGCCACUGCACUUUUUUCUUCUUCCAUCAUUGAGUUUUUAAUGGAAAAACACCAUGAGUGUCGAGGCGAUGUGACACAGACCUGUCUGUGUGGGUGGGAUUGUCUGUUACGCAGUUUUCAUUAGUGUUCUCCCUUUCUCAGAGAUAAUGUUAAGAACAUAUUGGAGGGUAAUGCCUUGACGAACAAUUGUUUGAAAUGACUCCCAGUGAUGAGAAUAAAAAAGGCGAGGAGUUGCUCAUACAUUCACCUUGCCUGCCCAGGCCGACACAUAAACAUCGGCUCAGAAGCAAGAAAAU